CGGACCUCCAGGAGGAGCGACAGGUCUCGGGCCCUCAGGCGGAGCGGCGGGCGCCGGACCCCCAGGUGGAGCGACAGGUCUCGGGCCCUCAGGCGGAGCGGCGGGCGCCGGACCCCCAGGCGGAGCGACAGCGGCGGGGCGCCGGACCCCCAGGAGGAGCGACAGGUCUCGGGCCCUCAGGCGGAGCGGCGGGCGCCGGACCCCCAGGAGGAGCGACAGGUCUCGGGCCCUCAGGCGGAGCGGCGGGCGCCGGACCCCCAGGAGGAGCGACAGGUCUCGGGCCCUCAAGGGAGCGGCGGGCGCGCCGGACCCCCAGGAGGAGCG